AACACAAGCUUCGAAGUGCGUAUAAUUCAAAAAUAAAGUUUUUCAAAUUUUUAUUAAUACAUUUUAAAUAGUUUUACAUAAAAAUGUUUGAAUGCCAAGAGAUACAGGCGGACCACAAAGAUCUAAUUCACGACGUAUCCUAUGAUUACUACGGGGACCGUAUAGCGACGUGUUCCAGCGAUCAAUACGUAAAGGUUUGGGACCGAAACAAAGACGGCAACUGGACCCUUACAUCAAAUUUCAAAGCUCACAGCGCGUCUGUAUGGAAAGUCACUUGGGCAAACCCGGAGUUCGGUCAGGUACUCGCCACAUGCUCAUUCGACCGAACUGCUGCCGUGUGGGAAGAAAUAGUCGGAGACACUCCUGGUCCAGGAAAAAGAGGCCAGAGACACUGGAUGCGCCGCGCCAACCUCGUAGACUCUCGAACAUCAGUAACGGACGUGAAAUUCGGCCCCAAAAAUCAAGGAUUACAAGUGGCCACUUGCGCGGCGGAAGGCAUAAUAAGAAUAUACGAGGCCCCGGACGUUAUGAACUUGAGCCAAUGGACGUUGCAACAUGAGGUGCAGUGCAAACUGCCUUUGAGCUGUCUCAGUUGGAACCCGAGUCACUCGAGGGGCCAUCCACCGAUGAUUGCCGUGGGCAGUGACGAGCCUAGCACCACACCUGGCGGGAAAGUUUUCAUUUACGAGUACAGCGAGAAUAGCAGGAAGUGGGUCAAGUUGGAGACACUCAGUAAUAUAACCGAGCCGGUGCACGAUUUGGCUUUCUCUCCCAAUUUGGGGAGGGUCUUUCAUAUUUUGGGGGUGGCGACCAAUAAUGUCAGGAUUGUUAAUUUGACUCCAGUGGAAGAUGAACAGUCCCAACAAAGCGGCGUAACAAAACUAGACGUCCAAACAGUAUCGCAAUUCGACGAUCAUGCUUCUACAGUAUGGAGAGUCUGUUGGAACGUAAACGGAUCGGUACUUUGCUCAAGUGGAGACGAUGGGUGUGUUAGACUGUUUAGAAUUUACAAUAAAACCUUGUGGAAACAAGAUGGAGUCCUAAAGGGAGAUGGCCAACAAGUGCCCACAGCAAUGGAAGCCGCCCAAAGUUCCAAUCAUAGCAUCCUUCAGGGCUCCCCAGUGGGGUCAUUAGCCUCACAGACGGCCAGAUAUAUCAAACUGGGGUCGAUAUCGCAACCAAAUCGGGAUUCUUGGCAUUAAAAGACUCACAACCGGUUUUUUUUUUAAAUUUUGGUGGAUAUUACUUUUACACAGCAGUUUCCCCGACAGGUACCAUAAUGCCAUAUGUGCCUUUUAUAAUCCAGGUUUGCCAAUCAAGAUUUAUUUGUAGUUUAAUGAAGGCGACUUCAUUGUUGUGUGUAGAUACGAUUUUCCUUUUUGUACAAUAUGCCUCUUACGUUAAGACUUAUAUGUUGUUUUUUAAACUAAAUAAGAAUUAUAGUUAAAAAACGGUGUUCAUUAAAGUACGUUUAGGGCCUAAGAUUGCAAAAGCUUGUUAUGUAAGUUAUUGUGUACGUUCUAAAGUAAUUUAAUCGUGUAACUCUUUUUUUUUGUAAUAAAUAUUUAAUUUGUGAUUUUCUA